AACAGCCCCCCAAAACUCACAAAAUUCGCCCAAAAACAACUCAAAUUCCUACCAAAAACGUCUCGCGAUUCGUUUGAAAAGGGCACCGUACCCCCCCCCCUCCCCCCAAAUACAAACCCAAAAAUUAUAAAAUCGGAAGGAAGAAUAGCAAACCCUCCUCCUUCUCCUCCUCCGCCGCCGCCUCCGGUCCCUGCCCCGAUCUCCGACGGCGACGGGGGCGAUGGCCCGGAAGAGGAAGACGGACGCGGCGCCGCGGCUGGACGAGGCCGACCGGACGCUCUACUCCACCUUCUGCGGCGCCGCCAACUCCCUCUCCCAGCUCUACACCCAGGCCAUGGCCCAGCAGAAGCUCUCCUUCCAGGCCGGCGAGCGCCACGCCCUCGAAAAACUCCACCAGUGGAUAUUGAGGAAGCAUGAGGAAGAGUCCAGGCUCACUGUAGCUGAUAUAAUGUCUCACAUCCAGCAUGAGCUGGAUUAUGGAGGUAAUGAUCCACAUGUUUCCCCCAGAGUACAUCAGCACAGUGCAAAUCUGUUUGCAAACUCAAGCAUCCAACCCUCAGCUGGUUCGUAUGGUCAAGCAACAAUAGGAUUUGCACCUAGACCCAGCCUCAGUGAUCAGUCGAAGAAUACAAUUUUCUCAAACGCCUUAUCAAGCCCGGUCCGCAGGAGUCUCCAGAGCUAUCAUUUAACCCAAGGAUCUGGUAAUGGAGGGCGGAACGCAGAAACAAACUCAGCGGGACAGAAUAUAGAGACCAACUCUGGAGGCUCCAAUGACACCUCGAUGGACAUGGUUUCAGACAGCGCUGGGAACGAAUACCACUGAAGUGGAUUGUGCUGAGAUGAAUACUACUGAAGUGGAUCGUGUGAGAUGCUGCAUGCGCAACCAGGCAGCAGCACAUACCACUGUUGUCUCCUGUUGCUGUAUGGUAUGUAUUUUCCCUAAAGAUUAUCAUCUGUGCUGCCUUAUGGUCACAGAUGAGGUGGUUCUCUUUAAGGCUUUGAAGCUAUUGUAUUCUAUAUUUUUUGUUGAAGCCUGAUUGGAGAGAAACCAACAUGUUCGUGGGUUCCAUCAGGAAUGCUUUAUAUCCAACUAUGUACUCGUGACUUCGUGUUGAAGAUUUUGAAUGUAAAUGAAAAUUGCAUUGUGGUAUACUGGUGGAGUUGAUGC